GAGAGCGCAGCCUGGAGUCAGUCUGCCUGCACACUGGGGGGGAGCGGAGUAUGAGUGAACGAGCGAGAGUUUAACACGCCACAGAUUAAAAGCACACUGACGCACUCCGGAGGAAGAGAGCGCUAAAGGGAGACACAGCUGGGGAGAGAAACUGGGGAAAAGACAGACUCUGACAGAGAAUUGGAAGAGAGUCAUGCUUUUUCACAGACCAGGGAACCAGCUGUAAAAGACAAAAGGCGGUCUCCCCCCUCCGACAGGCCUCCGACAGUCACACACAUCAGCCCCCACCACAGCCUCUCUGCUGAGGAGCAGGAGAGCCCGGAGAGAGUUGUCCAGAAAGAGAAACUCCAUGCAGAACUGAAACAGGUGUUGAGUCUGAAAAGAAGCCAGCUAAGAGAGACAUCACACUCCACCCAAACAGAAAUGGACAGCCCACCACCACAGAAAAGUACCACAGAGGAGGAGGAGCCUAUCUCUGAGCUGGUCGAGGUGGUCAUGGAAACGGAAGCUGAAGCAGGAGCAAGUGGAUACAGUGUGAUAGGCGGUGGAGAGAGGGGAAUCUUCAUCAAGGAAGUCCUGAGAGACUCCCCGGCAGCUAAACAUCUGAGCCUCCAGCAGGGUGAUCAACUGCUCAGUGCUAGAGUCUACUUCGAUAAUGUGAGAUAUGAAGAUGCACUGAAGAUUUUGCAGUGUGCAGAACCUUAUAAAGUCUCUUUCUUCCUGAAGCGGACCAUACCUCACAAUGAAGUCGCUGUGCAUCCAGGUGCAGCCAGCGUUGAUCUCAAAGGACCCAAAGCCAAAAUGCAGAGAAUGAGUGUCAAAAGCGUCAAACCCUUCAAGGCAAAGAAAAAAAGGGGAGGACGUUUUGGAUUAAAACGGCUGAAGGAGAACAAACAGGCCAGAGCUGAGACCGAUGAGGAAAUGGAGGGAUCUCCAGGGAGGCGGGAGGGGACUCCUGUCGAUGUGGAGUUUGUGUUCCCCAAAUUCAAGCUGAAGAAAGGUGGCAAGGCCGCUGCGGAGGGAACAGGGAGAGCCGAGGGGGCGACGUUCAUGGGCAGGAAGAGGAGCAAGAUAAGAUUUCCCCGGAUGAAAGUCAAGGGUGGGGCCAGUGGGGGAGGGCAUGUUGGUACUGAUGUCACAACACCGCUAGGGGAGGCAGAGGUCACCAGAGAUAAGAACAAGGCGAAGGGAAAGGGAGAGAGAUAUGGGAUAACAAUCCCUAAAACCAAAAAAGUCAAGGUAGAGCUCUCUUCGUCGCAGGACACUCUGGAAUUUAAACUCCCCAAGGGAAAAUUCAAGGCAUCCUCGGGGUCUGCAGAGGCAGCAGGGAUGGCGGUUAGCCCACCUGAUGUGGAGAUGUCUGUCAGUUUGCCAUCUGGAAAGGGAGGAGCAGGCACUAGUGAGUCAGACUUGAGCUCUGGAGCCAAGCUGAGGAUGCCAAAGCUAAAGCUGCCCAAGGUCAGGCUGUCUCGUCACUCUGAUGAGAUAGACGGAGCAGCCGAUAUUAAGGGUUCAGACAAAACGAAAGUGAAAAUGCCAUCGGUUGACAUAACAUCUCCAAAAGUUGACCUGGGGGUUUCCAGUGGAAAGGCUGAGGCUCAAGGAGAACUAACUGUUACAGGACGCGAUGGAGAAGCAAAGACACUACUGUCAGGCAUAAAGCUGCCGACUAUUGACUUCUCUGCCCCACAACCAACUAAGGGAUCUGUGGAUUUGCAAGGUAAAAAAUCAGAUGUGAAAGGUCUUGAUAUCAAAUGUACAAAAAUACACAUGCCUGAUGUAGAUAUAUCCCUGCCGUCAUUGGCAGUUAAUUCAGGUGAAAGAAAAGGCGAUGAAAUUGAUGGAACAUUUUUGUCAGGAGCUAAAAUAAAAGCUCAGCAACUGGACAUAUCCAUUCCAAAGCUACCUGAGGGUACUGGAAAGGUAAACCUCCCUGAUUUGGAUAUUUCUCUUCCGAAGAUGCCCCAAGUAGAUAUUUCCCUCCCAAAAGGAAGAGUUCAAGGUGAUGGUGGUAAUUGUGACAUUGAAUCAAGUGCUAGAGGAAAAAUAAAAAUGCCUGCAAUAGAUGCUAAACUUCCUACUUUCACAUCUGAUGAGGAAGGCCCUAAUGUAAAAGGAGGAAAAUUUAACAUGCCAUCAAUAAAUAUUUCACUUCCAAAAGGAAAAAUUGAAGGAGCUGUUGAUGUGGAUGCCAAAGCAAAAGGGGGCAAAUUCAAGAUGCCGACAUUUGAUGUUUCCCUUCCAACACUAAAGGGUCCAGAAGGUCAAAUCGAUAUUGAAGGCCCUGAAAUGAAGGGUGGAAAAUUGAACAUGCCAUCAAUUGACAUUUCACUUCCGAAAGGAAAGUUUGAAGGAGACAUUGAUUUGGAUGCCAAAGCAAAGGGUGGCAAAUUAAAUUCCUUUGAUGUUUCUCUUCCGAAAAUGAAAUCUCCAGAAGGUGGAAUUGAAGUUCAGGGACCUGAAAUGAAAAGUAGCAAAAUUAGCUUGCCAACAAUAGACAUAUCUCUUCCAAAGGGGAGUAUUGAAGGUGAUGUUGAUAUGGAGGGAAAAACAAAAGGGGGGAAGUUCAAAAUGCCCACAUUUGAUGUGUCCCUUCCUAAAUUAAAAUCUCCCGAAGGACAAAUUGAUAUCGAAGGCCCUGAAGUCAAAGGUGGGAAGUUUCACAUGCCAUCAAUAGAUAUCUCACUUCCAAAAGGCAGUGCAGACAUGGAUGUUGAUCUGGAUGUGGAUGCCAAAGCAAAAAGUGGAAAAUUCAAGAUGCCAACAUUUGAUGUUUCCCUUCCAAAAAUGAAAUCCACAGGGGGUGAUAUUGAAGUUGAAGGACCUGAACUCAAGGGUGGGAAGUUUAACAUGCCAUCAAUUGACAUUUCACUCCCCAAAGGAAAUAUUGGAGGUGAUAUUGAUGUCGAUGCCAAGGCCAAAAGUGGCAAAUUCAAGAUGCCGUCUUUUGAUGUUUCUCUUCCCAAAAUAAAAUCUCCAGAGGGUGAACUUGACAUUGAAGGGCCUGAAAUGAAAGGUGGCAAAAUUAGCAUGCCCACUAUAGACAUAUCUAUUCCAAAGGGGAGUACUGAGGGCGAUAUUGAUGGCAAGGUAAAGGGUGGAAAACUCAAGAUGCCUACUUUUGAUGUUUCCCUCCCAAAACUGAAAUCGCCAGAGGGACAAAUCGAUAUUGAAGGCCCUGAAUUCAAAGGUGGGAAAUUUAACAUGCCAUCAAUAGAUAUUUCACUUCCAAAAGGAAAUGUUGAAGGAGAAAUUGAUGUGGACUUGGACGCCAAAGCAAAAGGGGGGAAAUUUAAUAUGCCAUCAUUUGAUGUUUCUCUCCCAAAAGUAAAAUCUACAGAAGGAAAAAUUGAUGUAGAUGGCCCUGAAAUCAAAGGUGGAAAGUUUAAUAUGCCAUCCAUUGAUAUUUCUCUCCCAAAAGGAAAUGUUGAAGGAGAUGUGGAUGCCAAAGGAAAAGGAGGCAAAUUCAAGAUGCCCACAUUUGAUGUUUCCCUUCCAUCACUGAAAUCUCCAGAGGGUGGAAUUGAUGUUGAACGCCCAGAACUCAAGGGUGGAAAGUUUAACAUGCCAUCACUUGAUAUUACACUUCCCAAAGGUUAUGUGAAAACAGAUGUUGACGUGGAUGCUGAAGGAAAAGGAGGAAAAAUCAAAAGGCCGAAUUUUGACAUUUCCCUUCCAAAACUCAAAUCUCCUGAAGGGAAUGUUGAUAUAGAAGGCCCUGAAGUUAUGGGUGCAAAGUUCAAAGUGCCAUCAAUAGAUAUCUCACUUCCAAAGGGAAAGCUUGAGGGAGAUGUAAAUGUAGAUGGCAAAUUGAAGAUGCCCACAUUUGAUGUUUCACUACCAAAACUGAAAUCACCAGAAAGUGAAAUUGAUAUUGAAGUACCUGAAGGUAAAGGUGGCAAAAUUAACAUGCCACCUGUAGACAUAUCUCUCCCAAAAGGAAGUCUUGAAGUUGGUGCAAAGACAAAAGGAGGAAAAUUCAAGAUGCCAAAAAUAGGUAUCUCACUACCAAAAAUGAAAAAAGCAAACAAAGCAAUACAUAUUGAAAGGCCAGAAAUUAAAGAAGGGACUAUCAAUCUACCAAAUGUUGACAUUUCCCUGCCUAAAGGAAAGAUUGAGGGAGAUGCUAACCUGGAAGGCAAAAAAACAGAAGGAAAAUUCAAGGUGCCCACAUUUGAUGUUUCCCUAUCAAAACUGGAAGGUCCAGAGGGUCAAAUCGAUAUUGAAGCCCCAGAUGUCAAGGGUGGAAAAUUCAAUAUGCCAUCAUUAGAUAUUUCACUUCCAAAACGAAAUGUUGAAGGAGACAUUGAUUUGGAUGCAAAAGCAAAAGGAGGGAAAUUCAAGAUGCCCACAUUUGAUGUUUCCCUUCCAAAAGUUAAAGGUCCAGAAAUAGAUAUUGAAGGUCCUGAUGGCAAAAGUGGACACUUCAACAUGCCAUCAAUAGAUAUUUCACUUCCAAAAGGGAAGAUUGAAGGAGAUAUUGAUAUGGAUGGCAAAGCAAAAGGAGGAAAAUUCAAGAUGCCCACAUUUGAUGUCUCCCUUCCAAAAUUUAAAGGUCCAGAGGGUCAAAUCGAUAUUGAAGGCCCUGAUGUCAAGGGUGGAAAAUUCAACAUGCCAUCAAUUGACAUUUCACUGCCAAAAGGAAAUGUCGAAGGAGACAUUGAUUUGGAUGCAAAAGCAAAAGGAGGUAAAUUCAAAAUGCCCACAUUUGAUGUUUCCCUUCCAACAUUUAAAGGUCCAGAAAUUGAUAUUGAAGGCCCUGAUGUCAAAGGUGGAAAACUGAACAUGCCAUCAAUAGAUAUUUCACUUCCAAAAGGGAAGAUCGAAGGAGAUGUUGAUGUGGAUGGCAAAGCAAAAGGAGGCAAAUUCAAGAUGCCCACAUUCGAUGUUUCCCUUCCAAAAUUUAAAGGUCCAGAGGGUCAAAUUGAUAUUGAAGGCCCUGAUGUUAAGGGUGGAAAACUCAACAUGCCAUCAAUAGAUAUCUCACUUCCAAAAGGAAAUGUUAAAGGAGAUAUUGAUGUAGACGCCAAAGCAAAAGGAGGAAAAUUCAAGAUGCCCACAUUUGAUGUUUCCCUUCCAAAAUUUAAAGGUCCAGAGGGUCAAAUCGAUAUUGAAGGCCCUGAUGUCAAGGGUGGAACAUUCAACAUGCCAUCAAUAGAUAUUUCACUUCCCAAAGGAAAUGUUCAAGGAGAUAUUGAUGUGGAUGCCAAAGCAAAAGGAAGCAAAUUUAAGAUGCCCACAUUUGAUGUCUCCCUUCCAAAACUGAAGGGUCCCGAAGGUCAAAUUGAUAUUGAAGCCCCAGAUGUCAAGGGUGGAAAAUUCAAUAUGCCAUCAUUAGAUAUUUCACUUCCAAAACGAAAUGUUGAAGGAGACAUUGAUUUGGAUGCAAAAGCAAAAGGAGGUAAAUUCAAGAUGCCCACAUUUGAUGUUUCCCUUCCAAAAGUUAAAGGUCCAGAAAUAGAUAUUGAAGGUCCUGAUGCCAAAAGUGGAGACUUCAACAUGCCAUCAAUAGAUAUUUCACUUCCAAAAGGGAAGAUUGAAGGAGAUGUUGAUAUGGAUGGCAAAGCAAAAGGAGGCAAAUUCAAGAUGCCCACAUUUGAUGUCUCCCUUCCAAAAUUUAAAGGUCCAGAGGGUCAAAUCGAUAUUGAAGGCCCUGAUGUCAAGGGUGGAAAAUUCAACAUGCCAUCAAUUGACAUUUCACUGCCAAAAAGAAAUGUCGAAGGAGACAUUGAUUUGGAUGCAAAAGCAAAAGGAGGCAAAUUCAAGAUGCCCACAUUCGAUGUUUCCCUUCCAAAAUUUAAAGGUCCAGAGGGUCAAAUUGAUAUUGAAGGCCCUGAUGUUAAGGAUGUAAAACUCAACAUGCCAUCAAUAGAUAUCUCACUUCCAAAAGGAAAUGUUAAAGGAGAUAUUGAUGUAGACGCCAAAGCAAAAGGAGGAAAAUUCAAGAUGCCCACAUUUGAUGUUUCCCUUCCAAAAUUUAAAGGUCCAGAAAUAGAUAUUGAAGGGCCUGAUGUCAAGGGUGGAACAUUCAACAUGCCAUCAAUAGAUAUUUCACUUCCAAAAGGUAAAUUUGAAGGAGAUGUUGAUAUGGAUGCAAAAGCAAAAGGAGGCAAAUUCAAGAUGCCCACAUUUGAUGUCUCCCUUCCAAAAUGUAAAGGUCCAGAGGGUCAAAUUGAUAUUGAAGGCCCUGAUGUCAAGGGUGGAAAAUUCAACAUGCCAUCAAUUGACAUUUCACUGCCAAAAGGAAAUGUCAAAGGAGACAUUGAUUUGGAUGCAAAAGCAAAAGGAGGUAAAUUCAAGAUGCCCACAUUUGAUGUCUCCCUUCCAACAUUUAAAGGUCCAGAAAUUGAUAUUGAAGGCCCUGAUGUCAAAGGUGGAAAACUGAACAUGCCAUCAAUUGACAUUUCACUGCCAAAAGGAAAUGUCAAAGGAGACAUUGAUUUGGAUGCAAAAGCAAAAGGAGGCAAAUUCAAGAUGCCCACAUUUGAUGUCUCCCUUCCAACAUUUAAAGGUCCAGAGGGUCAAAUUGAUAUUGAAGGCCCUGAUGUCAAGGGUGGAAAAUUCAACAUGCCAUCAAUAGAUAUUUCAAUUCCCAAAGGAAAUGUUGAAGGAAAUAUUGAUGUGGAUGCCAAAGCAAAAGGAGGGAAAUUCAAGAUGCCCACAUUUGAUGUCUCCCUUCCGAAAUUUAAAGGUCCAGAAAUCGAUAUUGAAGGCCCUGAUGUCAAAGGUGGAAAACUGAACAUGCCAUCAAUAGAUAUUUCACUUCCAAAAGGGAAGAUCGAAGGAGAUGUUGAUGUGGAUGGCAAAGCAAAAGGAGGCAAAUUCAAGAUUCCCACAUUUGAUGUCUCCCUUCCAAAACUGAAGGGUCCCGAAGGUCAAAUUCAUAUUGAAGGCCCUGAUGUCAAAGGUGGAAAAUUCAACAUGCCAUCAAUAGAUAUUUCACUUCCAAAAGGAAAUGUUGAAGGAAAUAUUGAUGUGGAUGCCAAAGGAAAAGGAGGAAAAUUCAAGAUGCCCACAUUUGAUGUUUCCCUUCCAAAAUUUAAAGGUCCAGAGGGUCAAAUCGAUAUUGAAGGCCCUGAUGUCAAGGGUGGAAAAUUCAACAUGCCAUCAAUUGACAUUUCACUGCCAAAAGGAAAUGUCGAAGGAGACAUUGAUUUGGAUGCAAAAGCAAAAGGAGGCAAAUUCAAGAUGCCCACAUUUGAUGUCUCCCUUCCGAAAUUUAAAGGUCCAGAAAUUGAUAUUGAAGGCCCUGAUGUCAAAGGUGGAAAACUGAACAUGCCAUCAAUUGACAUUUCACUGCCAAAAGGAAAUGUCAAAGGAGACAUUGAUUUGGAUGCAAAAGCAAAAGGAGGCAAAUUCAAGAUGCCCACAUUUGAUGUCUCCCUUCCAAAAUGUAAAGGUCCAGAGGGUCAAAUUGAUAUUGAAGGCCCUGAUGUCAAGGGUGGAAAAUUCAACAUGCCAUCAAUAGAUAUUUCACUUCCCAAAGGAAAUGUUGAAGGAAAUAUUGAUGUGGAUGCCAAAGCAAAAGGAGGGAAAUUCAAGAUGCCCACAUUUGAUGUCUCCCUUCCAAAAUUUAAAGGUCCAGAAAUCGAUAUUGAAGGCCCUGAUGUCAAAGGUGGAAAACUGAACAUGCCAUCAAUAGAUAUUUCACUUCCAAAAGGGAAGAUCGAAGGAGAUGUUGAUGUGGAUGGCAAAGCAAAAGGAGGCAAAUUCAAGAUGCCCACAUUUGAUGUCUCCCUUCCAAAACUGAAGGGUCCCGAAGGUCAAAUUGAUAUUGAAGGCCCUGAUGUCAAAGGUGGAAAAUUCAACAUGCCAUCAAUAGAUAUUUCACAUCCAAAAGGAAAUGUUUCAGGAAAUAUUGAUGUGGAUGCCAAAGGAAAAGGAGGAAAAUUCAAGAUGCCAUCUUUUGAUGUUUCUUAUCCAAAAAUGAAAUCUCCAGAGGGUGAACUUGACAUUGAAGGUCCAAAAUGUAAAGGUGAUAAGAUUGAUAUGCCAUCCAUUGAUGCAUCUUUUCCUAAAGGGAGACUUGAGGGCAAUGUUGAUGGUAAAGCUAAAGGUGGAAAAUUAAAAAUGCCCACCAUUGACAUCGCACUACCGAAAAUUAAAAGGCCUGGAAGUGGCAUUAAUAUUGAAGGACCUGAGGUUGAGGGAGCGAGGAUCAGCAUGCCAACAAUUGACAUUUCACUUCCUAAAGGCAGGGUUGAAGGAAAUGUUGAUGUGGAUGUGGAUGCCAAAGGAAAAGGAGGAAAAUUCAAGAUGCCAACAUUUGAUGUGUCACUUCCAAAACUGAAAUCCCCUGAAGGUAAAUUUGACAUAGAAGGCCCUGAAAUCAAAGGUGGAAAGUUUAACAUGCCAUCAAUAGAUAUCUCACUUCCAAAAGGAAAUGUUGAAGGAGAUAUUGAUGUGGAUGCCAAAGCAAAAGGAGGAAAAUUCAAGAUGCCCACAUUUGAUGUUUCCCUUCCAAAAAUUAAAGGUCCAGAGGGUCAAAUCGAUAGUGAAGGCCCUGAUAUCAAGGGUGGACAAUUCAACAUGCCAUCCAUAGAUAUUUCACUUCCAAAAGGGAAAAUUGAUGGAGAUGUUGAUGUAGACGCCAAAGUAAAAGGAGGAAAAUUCAAGAUGCCCACAUUUGAUGUUUCCCUUCCAAAAUUUAAAGGUCCAGAAAUCGAUAUUGAAGGGCCUGAUGUCAAGGGUGGAAAAUUCGACAUGCCAUCAAUAGAUAUUUCACUUCCCAAAGGAAAUGUUGAAGGUGCUGUUGAUGUAGACAUAAAUGCCAAAGGUAAAGGAGGAAAGUUCAAGAUGCCCACAUUUGAUGUUUCCCUUCCACACUUUAAAUCCCCUGAGGGAAGAAUUGACAUGGAAGGCCCUGAAAUCAAAGGUCCAAAGUUAAACAUGCCAUCAAUAGAUAUUUCACUUCCCAAAGGAAAUGUUGAAGGAGAUGUUGAUAUGGAUGGCAAAGCAAAAGGAGGCAAAUUCAAGAUGCCCACAUUUGAUGUCUCCCUUCCAACAUUUAAAGGUCCAGAGGGUCAAAUCGAUAUUGAAGGCCCUGAUAUCAAGGGUGGAAAAUUCGACAUGCCAUCAAUAGAUAUUUCACUUCCAAAAGGGAAGAUUGAAGGAGAUGUUGAUGUGGAUGCCAAAGCAAAAGGAGGCAAAUUCAAGAUGCCCACAUUCGAUGUCUCCCUUCCAACAUUUAAAGGUCCAGAAAUUGAUAUUGAAGGCCCUGAUGUCAAAGGUGGAAAACUGAACAUGCCAUCAAUUGACAUUUCACUGCCAAAAGGAAAUGUCGAAGGAGACAUUGAUUUGGAUGCAAAAGCAAAAGGAGGCAAAUUCAAGAUGCCCACAUUUGAUGUCUCCUUUCCAAAAUUUAAAGGUCCAGAGGGUCAAAUGGAUAUUGAAGGCCCUGAUGUCAACGGUGGAAAAUUCAACAUGCCAUCAAUAGAUAUUUCACUUCCCAAAGGAAAUGUCGAAGGAAAUAUUGAUGUGGAUGCCAAAGGAAAAGGAGGAAAAUUCAAGAUGCCCACAUUUGAUGUUUCCAUUCCAAAGGGUAGUGUUCAAGGAGAUGUUGGGGUGAAUGUAGAUGCUGAAGGCAAAGGAGGCAAAUUCAAGAUGCCUAGUUUUGAUGUUUCCCUACCAAAACCGAAAACACCAGAAAAUAAAGUUGAUAUUGAAGGCCCUGAUAUCAAGGGUGGAAAAAUUAGCAUGCCCUCAAUAGAUAUUUCACUCCCAAAAGGACAUGUGAAAGGAGAUGUGGAUGUAAAAGCAAAAGGUGGCAAAUUUAAAAUGCCAAAAAUUGGCAUCUCCUUGCCGAAAAUGAAAAGGCCUGGAAGUGGCAUAAACAUUGAAGGACCAGAAUUUGAGGGAGGGAAGAUCAGCAUGCCAACAAUUGACAUUUCACUUCCUAAAGGCAGUGUUGAGAGAGAUGCUGCCAUGGAGGGAAAAGUGCAAAGUGGAAAGAUCAACAUGCCCACAUUUGAUGUCUCCCUUCCAAAACUCAAAUCUGCAGAAGGGAAACUUGACGUAGAAGUCCCUGAACUCAAAGGAGGAAAGUUUGAUAUGCCAUCAAUAGAUAUUUCACUUCCAAAAGGGAAAGUCGAAGGAGAUGUUGAUGUGGAUGGCAAAGCAAAAGGAGGCAAAUUCAAGAUGCCCACAUUCGAUGUUUCCCUUCCAAAAUUUAAAGGUCCAGAGGGUCAAAUUGAUAUUGAAGGCCCUGAUGUUAAGGGUGGAAAACUCAACAUGCCAUCAAUAGAUAUCUCACUUCCCAAAGGUAGUGUUGAAGGAGAUAUUGAUAUGGAUGCCAAAGCAAAAGGCGGCAAAUUCAAGAUGACCACAUUUGAUGUUUCCCUACCAAAACUGAAAGGUCCUGAAGGUCAAAUUGAUAUUGAAGGGCCUAAUGUCAAGGGUGGAAAGUUCAAGAUGCCAUCAAUAGAUAUUUCACUUCCAAAAGGAAAUGUUGAAGGAGAUAUUGAUCUAGCAGCUGAAGGAAAAGGAGGCUCAAUCAAGAUGCCCACAUUUGAUGUCUCCCUUCCCAAAUUCAAAUCUCCUGAAGGUAACAUUGAUGUAGAAUCUCCUGAAGUCAAGGGUGGGAAGUUUCACCUGCCAACAAUUGAUAUAUCACUUCCCAAAGGGAGUGUAGCAGGGGAUGUUGAUGUGGAUGGGAAGAUGAAAGAUGGAAAAUUCAAAAUGCCUACAUUUGAUAUUUCCCUUCCAAAAGGAAACAUUGAAGGAAAUGUUGACAUUGAUGGUCAUGGACAGAAAAUCAAAAUGCCUUCAAUUGAUUUUAGUCUACCUAAGAUGAAAAUGCCAGAGGGAGAAGUCAAGGUUGAAGGAACAGAUAUCAAAGGUGGCAAGUUCAAUAUACCAUCUAUAGAUAUUUCCCUUCCAAAAGGAAAGGCCAAAGGGGACGUAGAUCUGGAUGAAGACAAGAAAGGUGAAAUGUUUAAAAUGCCCACAUUGGAUAUAUCAUUGCCAAAAACAUCCAUUACUUCAGGUUCAGCUACCUUAGAAGGGCCUGAAAUUAAAAAAGGAAAUGUUAAAGUACCAAGUGUGGACAUUGCACUACCCUCUGGAGAAGCUAAGUUAGGUGUUGAUGGCUCAUCUGAAGGCAAUACAAGUAGCACCAUCAAGCUUCCAAAUGUGAAAAUACCAACAGUUAAUAUAUCUGCACCCAAAGUUGACUUGGACUUUGGUCUUACAAAGUCUAAAGACAAUGACAGAGAGGACAUUGAACUCCUGAAAGCUGAAGGGGGCAGACCAUCCUCAGGUGCCAGUUUUGAUGUACCUGACGUUACCCUGAAAAUGCCAAAGUUUUCUCUUCCCAAGUUUGGUGGAAAAUCCAAAAGUGGAGGCAUAGAGUUGGAAGGACAUGGUUCAACGCCAUAUUUGGAGGCUGAGAGUAGUUCUCCAUCAGCCGAGGUAGACCAUGAUAUCAAAGCAAAAGGAAAAAUCAAAAAGCAUAAAAUUAAAAUGCCAUUUUUUGGAACAUCUAAGAAGGAUGUGGAGAUCAACGUCACUGGUCCAGGAUGGAAGAAGGAAAAAGAGGCAGACAUUAAAAUGCCAUCACUUGAGAUAUCCUUACCAGCAACAAAAACACCAGAACACGAAGUUCUGCUCCCCAAAACUGAGGUAGAUGUGUCUGAGGCUGAUAUUAGAGGCUAUGAGGGUGCGUUGAAAAUCCCCAAAAUGCCCACCAUUGACAUAUCGGUCCCUAAAGUUGAUGUGGAUGUUGCUCUGCCCAAACUGAAGCAUGAUGUAUCAGCUGAUUCUGGCACGCAUGUGAAUAUAGAGGGAGAAGGUGGAAAAAUGAAGAUUCCAAACAUCAAAAUGCCAACAAUAGACAUAUCUCUCCCAAAAGGAAAAUCUGGUGACAUCAAAACACCAGAACUGGAACUUGAUGGAGAGGGUGGAAAAUUCAAAUUGCCACAUAUUCAGAUGGCCACAGUUGACAUAUCACUCUCAAAAGGAAAAUCUGUGGAUGUUAAUGUACCAGAGGUUGAAGUUAAAGGAGAUGGUGGGAAAUUCAAGAUGCCCAGUGUUAAGAUGCCAGUGGUUGACAUAUCACUUCCAAAGGGACAAACAGGGAACAUUAAUGCACCAGAAGUUGAGGUAAAAGGAGAGGGAGGGAAAUUCAAGAUGCCAAAUAUCACCAUGCCAGCACUUGAUAUGUCUCUCCCAAAGGGGAAAUCUGGUCAGAUUGAGGCAAAUUUGGAGGUUGAAGGUGAGGGGGGGGAAGUCAAGAUGCCGGACAUAAAGAUGCCAAAGGUGGAUGUUUCACUUCCAAAAGGAAAAUCUGCCGAUAUUAAAAUACCAGACGUAGAACUGGGGGUAAAGGGUGGAAAAUGUAAAAUGGCAGAUGUCAAGAUGCCAACAGUUGAUGUUUCACUACCAUCAGCAAAUCUUAAAGGCAGUGGCAAACCAGAAUUACACAUCCGAGGUGAGGGUGGCACAACCACAGAUCCGAAACUCAAAAUGCCCCAAAUCAGUGUAUCUUUACCACAUGUGAGAACUGGUGAUAAUGAAACUUGCCAGCUCAGAGGUGAGGGAGAGGGCAAAUUCACAAUGCCCUCUGUUGAAGUACCCACUCUCCCCAGAGCUGAUCUUGAUGUAAUUAUGGGGAAGCAAAAAGGCGAACCAAGUGGAAAUGUGGAUGCUGAUGUCAGCAAGGAUGGAGAGCAUAAAGGGUUGAAAAUCAAGAUACCAACAAUUGAUAUAGAAGCUCCCAAAGGUGAUCUGGAGCUGAACAUUGGAUUACGGAAAGGCGAAGGAAAAAAGGAUCGUAAAAAAAUUGAAUUUCCUGAUAUACACCUAAAUCCGCUUGUGUCUGAAGGCAAGGUGAAAGGGCCAAAGGUCAAAGGCACAAAAUUCAAAAUUGGUAUGCCAAAAAUGAAAAACACAAGUUCAGAGAUUGAUGUCAAACCAGAGAAGGACAAUGAGGGAGUAAGCGGACGAUUUAAAGUUAAGAAGACAAAAAUGGGCAAAGACUCUGCACCAGAAGUCACUGUAUCUGUCCCAACUGAACCAACUAUUGCGACAAUUGGCUCGGACCAUGACAUCAAAACACCAAAGAUUCCAGAAAUAGAUUUUGACAUUGGAUCCUCAUCUGGAUAUUCCGAGGCAGACAGAGAUAAGGGAGGCAAAGUCAAAGUUCCUAAGUUUGGUGUGGCUUUACCCUCCAUUUCUUCACAUGAGGGGGGCAAUAUCAGUGGAAAACUGGCAGAUGUCAAAGGCUUUUCUGUGUCAGACCCAGAGAUCGAUUAUGAGGGUCCUAAAAUGCCAAAAGUGACAAAAGCAGUUUUUGUUUUAGUGAAUCCUCAGGCUGACAGUUCUAAUGUAUCAGGUGAAGAAGAAGGGGUACAUGUCAAGGAGAACCAAAAUAAGAUGCCCAAGAUUAAAGUGAAAGCUGGUUUAGGAAAGUCUGGCUCUACGGGUAGGGGAGGGGCAGAAUGUGGCGAAGAGGAGGUGGAGGUAGAUGGGAAGUCAAAAACGGGCAAACUGAAAAUGCCCAAGGUUGUGCUGUCUCCAGGAAAGAGUGGCUCAUUUGACGUGACAUCCAAAACAUCUGACUCAGGGAGGGAGGAGGUGGCAGGCCUAAAUGGUGAAAAAGAUGGCUCAAAAUUUGUCAAGCUGAAGAUGCCAAAACUUGAGUUCACGUCACCUUAUUCGAAAAACUUGUCCGAGGAGGAGCGCCUUGAGAUGAGCACAAAGUUGGUCAUGAAAGAAUCUGACAAAGAAGGCAAGGGAGCAAAAUCGAAAUCAGGAAAAAUUGCAUUUCCAGGCUUCAAAAAGAAAAUCGAGAAAGAAGAGGUAGAGACUGAGUCCACUUUGGUGUUCUCUACAGCCAGGACAGAAAUGCUGGCAGAGAGAGAAAGCUCGGAGUCUCCUUCUCCCCAGGGGUUUGUCUCAUUUCAGCAAAGGCAACACGAAUCAUCCACAGGAUACAGCACAGAACAAGUGUACGAAAGAGAGGGGUCGACUUGGUAUGAAGUCCCUAGAGUAACCUUAAGUCCUCACUCUGCUGGGCUGCUUCAGAUGACACCUGAGGGAUCCCCAUGUGGCAGUAGAUCCUCUCCUCUGCUCUCUAGCGACGAGGCGUCAGGUGACUUUCACAUUCAGAUGCCGCGACUACAGAUGACCUCACAGGGUGAGCAUAAGGAAGAGUACAUCGUCACAACAACAACCACAACCAGAGAGAUGUCACAUGACAGUAGGGCCUCGCCUCAUCAUUUUGGUGGCGAAGCCUUGGGUGGUUUCCCCCUCCACAUGCCUCAAAUGCAGUUCACUACACAGGGUAGGCUAAAGGAGGAGCUCAUCGUCACGACAACUAAGGAGGAAACCGUUACAGUGGUGACCUCAAGGUCAAAGUCACCAAAACAAACACUGGCAGAGCCUACAGGGGAGUCGUCAACUGAAAAAGGCAGUAGUUCACAAAUACCUCGGGAUUUCUGAGGCACAAGGUGAUAUGUGGGAAAUUGUCAGUAUUUUUUAUUGAUAUGUUUUGUAUUAGUACAGUUGUCAUUGUUUAUUUUCUAUUUUGAUCAAUGUCAUUUGUAUGUUUUUUUUUUGUUUAAAUCAGAUAUAAAAUAUAUAGUAAAUAUCAUUGUACACAUUCAUCCAUUCAUACAUAAUUCACCCAUUUUUUUUUCCAAGAGAGUAGCCCAAAAUUAAAUUAUGUCAUUUAUGUGAAAUGCAUUUUGUUCUGUGUCUGAUUGCAUUAGUGGCAAGGAAUGUUAGCAAUCAAACACAUUCACAAGUAUAAUAUUUUUGUAGAUAAAAAAAUAUAUAAAUGGGUGGAUUGCAAGGGCUUCUUAGCAUGAUAAUUCAUUUAACAUUUUUUGAUAUUUUAAAAGCUGUGUGCUCAUCUGCCUUUCCUUGGUGCCUUAAUGAUAUGAAAUAUAACUUUUUGCUUUUAUUUAUUAUUCUAACUUUAACUAUGUCAGCAUCUGAAUUGACAUGCAUUUAAUUCAGAGGAUUGGUUACAUUUGUAUGAACCCAUUGUACAGAUGAGGCCUAAAAAGUCAAUGUGCAGAAAUCUUAAAUUGUUCAUAUUUUCGUAUUGUAAAAAUAUCCUGUUAGGAUUUGUCAUUUGGGAAAAGUCUAUUUAAUCAUGCACAUUUCUUUCAUUGGAAUGAUCACCUUCGACAAUUGUGUUUCAACUGUCCUCAUAGCAAAUGCUUUAAAUUUUGUUAAAUUAAUAGGAGAGAUGAGGAAAUAUUAUUUCUGUUUUAUGGUGAAUUUAUUAACCUGGUUUUACCCCUGUGUUGGGAAUGAGUAAUACAUAAUAUUGUAUCAGGUCAUCCAUAUUUAACCUUAUUUAUGUGUAUAGAACACUUUCUGCAAUUGGACAGAGUAGCAUGACUUAAUUGAAACAGUUAUUAUAUGCCUCUUUGAAUUCAGGUUAUAUGGUAAAUUAUUGUUCAUAUGGAAUUUGAGCGAAAGUUGUAAUUUACAAGAAAAUUAAUAAAAUAUAUUGCUAAUGACUCUGA